GGACCAAACCGGAAAUAGGCGCGGAAGCCAGCGAAGAGACUUCGGGGGGGGCCGCUCGAUUUCCCAGGCUCCGGAAGUCAGGCCCCUGAAAGGAGAAUGGCUCACAGCCAGGCGAGGAAGAAGUCCAGGUCCCGGAGCAGGAGUGACUCUCGGAGCAGGCGGGACACAGAGAAGAGGAAGGAAAAGAGGAAGAGGAGCAAAGACUCCCAAGAGAGGAGAAGCCCGUCUCCUGCCUGCAAAAGAGGGCCUGAGUCUCUAAAACUCCAAAAGCCCUCGGCCUCCUCGAAAGAAGGGAAAAAGAAGAAAACGGGGAAGAAAAGGAGAAAAGCCAGUACUUCCUCCUCCUCCUCAGACACCACCACCUCCUCGUCUCCUUCCGGGUCUUCGUCGUCCCCCUCCGAGGAAGGGUCGCGCGACGGCGAGUCCAAGCCCAAGAGGAAAAAGCAGAGCAAAAAGAAGACGGCCAAAGAGAAAAAGAAGAAGAGCAAGAGGAAGAAAAAGAAAGCGAAAAAGAAAGCAAGGAAGAAACUGAAGGAGAGGGCGAAAGAGGAGAAGCCCAAGGGAGAAGAGCUGCCUGGCCCUUCCCUGGAGCAGUGGCAGAAAGAGGUGUUGGUAGAACCUGGCCCAGCCCUGACGGACGAGCAGAAGUCUCGCAUCCAGGCCAUGAAGCCGAUGACCAAGGAGGAGUGGGACGCCCGGCAGAGUGUCAUCAGGAGAGUUGUUGAUCCCGAAACAGGAAGAACAAGGCUGAUUAAGGGAGAUGGCGAAGUCUUAGAGGAGAUUGUGACCAAGGAGAGGCACAAAGAAAUCAACAAGCAAGCCACCCGGGGAGACGGCCUUUCCUUCCAGAUGAAGACGGGGAUGCUCCAAUAGCAGUGCAGACCUGCGACACGCCAAAGAUGGCUGCUUUCCCCGACACAGAGGCUUUGCCAAAACAGGCGCACAUUCCCCCGGUACCGGUUGGAGAACGUCUGGACAGAAAACGGGCCAAGCGAGAAGCUCCAGCCCACAGCUGCUGCAGAGAUGUGUUGCCUGGGGGGGAGAGAGAGCCUUUCUGCUUUCAGAGGCCUCCCCCUUCGAGAACUUGCCUCAGCGCCCUGCAUGAUGCUCUCCACUCACCGCUUUAUCCACUAUGCAAGCCAGUUCCCUUGGUCACAAACACCAGAGUUUGUUCUUUUCAAAGAAAUAGACGACGGAGAGAAAUAGGGGAAAAGGUGAAGGAUGACUUUCUGGAGGGUCUGACAAAAUGAGUACUAGAGAGGUUUAGAAUCAUCAGGGGGUUUUUUGGUAGCAGGAACUCCUUUGCAUAUUAGGCCACGCCCUCCCGAUGUAGCCAGUCCCUCCAGACUCUCUCCACCUUCCUCCCCAAGAGAGGAGCCCUGUACUCUCUCCACCUUUCUCUCCAAGAGAGGAGCCUCAGCCAAUGGAGAAAAUAGAGGGUUUUGUAUUCUGUAAGCUCCGGGAGGAUUCGAUACAUCAGGGUGUGUAGCCUAAUAUGCAAAGGUGUUCCUGCUACUAAAAAAGAUGAGAAUCAUAGAGUUGGAAAGGACCUCCAGGGCCAUCUAGUCCCACCCCCUGCACAAUGCAGGAAUGUGUGUCUUCUCCGAGGAAGGCAAUCAAAAUGGUGGCAGCUAAGCCCCGCCCUACUGAUUGGGGGGGGGAGGGGUUUGGACACAUUCCACCUGCCUUUCUCCUCCAGAAGGGGAAACAUUGCCAAGAAGAAGCCUUAUCAAGAUGAAAAGGAAGGGAAAGGGUGUCUCCAUGCCUAACGCUGGAAGCAGUCAAGAUUUGGGCUCAGCCCCAGAGCUGGUUCAUUACUAGGGAUAGGCACGAGCUGAAUUUUAAACAAAGAAAUGGUCACAAAUGGCAGUCUCUGUACAUGGCUUUUCCAGGUUUUGGCACCCGCGUGGCCGCAGUACGACUCAUACACGAACUCAGAAGCGAACUCCCGAGUUCACUUGCAAGUUGCAGUGUGGCUUGCAAAAGCCGUUUAAAGGGAACCCUGUAGAUGGCGUUUGCAAACUGCGCUGCAUCUCGAACCGCAAACCGGUUCGUUACACGGAAAAAUUCGUGGAGGUUCAUGAGACCCCUACGAACCUUCGCGAACGUCCCAUUUUCAUGAUUUGUGCCUGUCCCUGUUCAUUACUGACAUCUGGGCCAAAGGGAAGCCAUCCAGCACCACUUGGCUUCUGCGUGCUUCUUCCAGAGCAGUAGGGGACUGCUGGCUGCCCUUUUGGGAUUGGCCUUCAUCUCAGAAGAGUGGUGGUGGGGUGCGGGGGAAGGAUGGCUGCUGAGUCAGGAUAGACCAACCAUCCGCAGUCCUUUCUGCAUGGACAGAGUUUAGCAUGUCAAAAAAUACACCCAACUCCCUAGGGCUGUAUGGAAAAAACGGCAAGUGUAGUUGCUUAAGCCUGAGCUAUAUGAAAAUAUGCACUUUUC